UCAGGCCACCGCCCCAGGAAGCACCCAGAGCCCGGGCACGCACGGCGAGAACCACCGAGCACCAGGCCAUGGCGGAGGCUCCCGGCUUCGGGGAGCAGGAAGAGCUCCUGGUGGAGGAAGAAGGUGCCGGGCUCGCCCCGCGGUGGAGCCUGGAAGGCGAGGAGGAGGUUGCCCGGCAGCAACGCUGGCAGGAGAGAGACAGGCACCAGGACCGGGACCAGGACCGGGACCAGGACCGGGAUGGAGACAGCCCGUCUCCGGAGCCCCCCGAGCAGGAGAAGCUCCUGAACACCUCGGAAAGCCCAGACCUGGACGAGGACGAGGGUUUCGGUGACUGGUCCCAGAGGGCAGAGCUGCAGCGUCCCCCUCGGGCACACAGUCCAGAGGAGGAGCAGGAAGAGGACAGGCCCUGUGGGACCCGGGAUGGUGGCGAGCUGAGCCCAGCCGGAGUCUGCCUGGAGGGACUGCGUCUUCGCGCCGGCUCGGAGCCCUGGGAGGGGACAGGGCCAGAGCAGACACAGCCUGCCGGCCCAGAGGAGACCAGCCAGGGCAGCCCGGGCCCAGCAGAGGCUGAGGAGGCCGAGGAGCAGCACCAGAAAUGUCAGCAGCCCAGGACACCCAGCCCCCUGGUCGUGGAGGAAACAGCAGAACUGAGCUCACCUCCCCUGAGCCCCGGCACUAAACUCGUCGACAGGACAGAGUCCCUGACCCGCUCCAUCGAGAAGAGUAACAGUGUGAAGAGGUCCCAGCCAGCCCUGCCCAUCUCCAAGAUUGAUGAUCGGCUGGAGCAGUACACCCAGGCCAUUGAGAGUGCUGUUCGGACCCCCAAGUUAACUCGUCAGCCCUCCAUCGAGCUGCCGAGCAUGGCCGUGGCGAGCACCAAGAGCCGGUGGGAGACAGGGGAGGUGCAGGCUCAGUCUGCUGCCAAGGGCCCUUCCUGCAAGGAUAUUGUAGCUGGAGACAUGAGCAAGAAAAGCCUGUGGGAGCAGAAAGGAGGAUCCAAGACGUCGUCGACAAUUAAGAGCACCCCAUCUGGAAAGAGGUACAAAUUCGUGGCCACGGGACAUGGGAAGUACGAGAAGGUGCUGAUGGACGAGGACUAGGCACCCUAACCCUUCCCUCUCGCUGUCCUGAGGCCGGGUGCAGGCUGGCGGCUACCUCCACACCCCCAUCCAUGCUCCCAGGGGAGUCCAGCCAGAGGCCCACCCCCAGCCCUGCCGAAGAAGCCGCUUCCCAUUGCCUGCCUGGCUGCCCACACCCUCCAACACCUGCCCCUGCCGCUGCCUCUGUCCCUGGACCUCCGACCUCUCUCCCCUCUACUCCCUGGCCCACCAGCUCUGCCUCUCACAGCCCGGGCAGGAGAGGGAUUCUCACUGGCGCUUGGUCAAGGGGACCGUCCCCCAGAGGCCAAGUGCUCACGAGCGAAGGGCAGCCUGUGCAGAGGGCACGCCCGCCAGGGCACAUGCCAGCAAGAGCUACCGAUGCCUGCGCUGGGUGCUCGGGCCUGUGUCCCUCCCACCUCCUGCUUGCUGCCCCUUCAUUUGUGCAAUAAAGCUCUCUGUCCCCACGCGCCGCCCUCCACUG